UCUUAUUAGGACUUUAGUUUCUGAUUUAUCGCAGACAUAUCACCCUCGUGAUUACCAGGUCCAUCAACAGGCUCAUGCUACAGAGACUUGAGUCAGUAUACAUCAGUUCUCUUCACUGAGUUCGUUCAUUGCUCAUUGCGGACUUCACAGCUCUCCAGCCUCCCACGACUCGACAUUGAGUUGUGGUUCCUUUGGGAUUUUUGAGCUUCAGGCAUCAACCUUUUGAGGCCGGGAGAAGCAGUUUCGCCCACCUGAAUUGCGACAGAGACAUGGCAGAUCACUCACCUGCAGCUGGGGGUGUGAUUGGAGAAACUGCAAAAUCUUUGUCAGAUCCGUUCAGAUCGUAUCUCUACGGGGAAUCGGAGGCGCAUACAGCCUGGAGGCAUGGAGGCCCCCCGGUCUACGAUGCGGUUAACGCGGUCUUUGAAAAGGGUCGCACUCAGGAGUGGAAGGAAGGGUCUCUAGAAUAUGUGGUACAGAAUCUCGUCAAGACCUGGGAGAUGGAACUGUCUCACAAAACUAGAGUCGCCGAUUUCAAGACCAUCGAUCCUGAGAAGUUUAGAAUCUCCGUGAAUGGUGGUCCCAAGCUCACAGCCGAGGAAACAUUACAAGUCGGAAGCUACAACGCGUUGAUGGCGUCCAGUCUUCCAGGAGAACACGAAGCUUACAAAGCCUCGGUCGAAACGUUCGAGUCUUCACACGAGAUUUUCAGAUCCGUGUUUCCGGAUGGUUUUGCUUGGGAGGUGCUAGCUGUUUACUCCGGGCCUCCAGUUGUGGCCUUCAAAUGGCGGCACUGGGGUGUUAUGAAAGCUGGCUUCAAAGGCCAUGCUCCGACUAACGAUAUUGCUUCCUCCGUGGGAAUCUGCAUCGCUAAGGUGGACGACAACUUGCGAAUCACGGAGCUGGAGGUUCAUUACGAUCCCACAGCUUUUCUCGCGGAUCUCACCAAAGGGACCAAGUCUCCAGCUUACGGAGAAUACAAGAAAGGCAUCGAGGGUUGUCCUUACCUCAGCUCGCUGAUGUCCUGACUCCCCCGAGACGACUUCAGACGACUUCAGGAACGGACACUUCCCUCACUUUGUAAAUAGAUUUUUUCAUUCGGAUUCUGUUCGAUACUAAAGUAUGGAGAUUAGCACAUAGCGGCCCCAGCCGUCGUCAUCGCUCGUAUGAUUGCAUCGAGAGAAUGUUCCUUUUUGCAGCAGUAUUGGCCUCAGGCGCAGUGGAAUUCGACCUGAAAUUUCUUUCUAUGCGUGAGACCCUGGAGGUCAUGAGCAGCGUGCAUCAUGGCCUUCAGCUGAGAAGGAUUAGAAUUCUCGUUUAGGAUGAGAAUGUUGACCUUUGCAAGCUGGUUCUAGAUAUGGAUGAAAGAAUUUUUCAAGUAGAGCCAGAGGUCACGAGUACAAGGUCUAGCGGUGGUCGAUCACAGCACCUGAGUCCCAGAAUCACAAUAAGACUGCAAUCUGGAAUGACUGGUGUGACUCAAUUCUGAUGACAUAGUGUGACAGCUUCCUGCCAUCAUCACACUGGUUAGCACACUAGAUUCACCGUACGAGUGGGGAUUCGAGCGUACUAUAUCUAAAUGAAAGCACAUGCAGGACAUUUCAUCAUUCUGAGCAUUCUGAUAUGGACAAAAGUUGUACAAAUAGUCCCGCGGUUCAAUAAAGCUUAUGAAGACUUUUCAUAUUCCG